AGUGGCCAUUGAUAAUGAAGAUCAUUUUCGAGAAACUGCGGGUUUCUUUUUGUUUUGAUUAUUUUUUGUUCUGUGAUUUUUUUUUUUUUUUUUCAUAUUUCAUGUUUGAUUGACGAGAAAGACAAAGUCGGUCUUUUUCUGUGUUUUAACUUGAAUGAUAAGCCAACGAAUGGGUGGUUGGUGCUACCAAUUACAUAUAUGAGAUUGUGUUGAUUUGUGUCGGUAAUUUGAUAUACGUGGUUAAUUUGCAGAAUGUGUAUUGUAUUCUAGUAGAUGUGAGAUUCAGUAUUGACGUAUAUGGGUAAUUUAAGGAUUGUGUAUUGUGUUUUUGUAGGUGUGAGAUUGAGUGUUGAUGUGUGUCUAAUUUGCAGACUCUGCGUUAAUGAUGAUGAAGUUUGUGUUUGAUGAAACAAAGGUGGUUGUGGUGGUCGGUGAUGGUGGCGGUGAUCAGUAAUUCGCAGACUGUAGGUUGAUGGUGAUGAACAGUACAAAAUUACAGUAGAAAGAAUUAGAUCAUAUCAUCUCUAAGCCAAGAACAAAGUUGAACAGCAAAUCAAGUGUUAGAACUAUGCCUUACUUGUAUUUUAGUCGCAAAUUAGGCGAUUGAGUAAAGAUGUAUUACAUGGAGAUGCCCAGAGGAAGCCCUCAAGAUGAUGUCGUUCCUGUGACAUUUGCUAUACCACCCAGCAAAGAUGAGAAUUCUUCUUAUAUAUCAAAUUAUGAAAAGCUUCUGCCUCAUCUCCAAUCUUGCUUAGACUACAUUUCAAUCUUUUGCAGGAGACACUGUAGGAGGAAGGGUGAACUGAUUCGGCUUUUGUUGACAGAAGGUCUAAUACCAGAAAAAAGAGGAGAAUGAUGGAGGAUGUUGCUGAAAUGAUUAUUAGAGAGUUAAUCAGUAGAGAAAUGCUUCAAGUAGAUCAAAGGUAUGAAGCACUAGAAGUUCCUGGCCCGUAUAAGAAAUUAUGUCUUCUUGAAGUGGAUGAACAAAAUUUUAUUGCUAAAGCUGCAAAUUUACCUGUACGUGCUUUCAUAAAAGAUGAUGGGAAGAACAAUCCUCUUGACUUCCAAAGUCUUCAAAUCGGCAAUCUCCAUAAACUUCAGACUUUGGAUGCAAGUCUCUGAGGAUCGCUUACAAGUGAGCUAGUUGCAACUAUCAUGAAGCUGGAAAACCUCAUCUGCCUAACGCUACAAGCAGAGAAAACAUAUCUUGAAGGCCUAGCUCUGAUGCCCAAAUGGCUUGCCUUCAUGGACAAUCUUACCAGCUUAGGUUUAUUCUACUCUAAUUUAUCAGAGAAUCCAACUUCAGUUCUUCAGCAUCUCCCCAAAUUAAAAGAACUCACUCUAUGGGAAGCCUACAACACAAAGCUCAUUGGUAAAGAGUUUUGUGGGGCUGAGGGUUUCUCUAAGCUGGAAAUUCUCAAGAUUACUUCUGAGGUUCUUGUGGAGUGGACUGAGAUAGUCAGAGCUUUUCCAAAUUUAAGGUAUCUCGAGUUUCGUUAUUGUAAGAAUUUGAAGUUUUUUCCUGUGGGUUUACAGAACAUUUCCGCACUUCAAGAAUUUCUCUUGUGGGGAGCGCACAAAGAUCUUGGAAGGCGACUGCAAGGUGCAGAGAAUUACAAGAUCAAACAUAUUUUAAAAGUUUCAAUUUCUUGACAAUAUUAAAGCGCUACAUGGAGAAAACUCCAAGGAGGAUUCAAGGCCUUUUUUUCUUGGGUUCAUGUUCGAUUGUCAAAUUCCAUCUCUGUAUGAAUUGGCAGAUGUAAAUGUAGACUUCCAACUUUCUUGUUUUCUUAACAAUGUUUAUAAUCUCCACUGGAAAAACAGAAGUUUGAUGAUGAAUCUCAGUACCAAAUACUUCUCUUCAUGAUAUAA